AUGGGGCUCCCGCGCGGCGCGCGUCUCUGGCUGCUGCUGGCCGCCGCCAGCGCGGGAUUAAUCUUCGCAUUCUUCUCCGGGGCGCUGGGGCCUCACCCCGCACCCCAGGCCCGAGGCAGCCCUGACCGAGGGCCCUUGUUGUAUUUCGCUCCUGCCAGCCGCCCUAGUAGCUGUUCACGGUGGCCUCACGCCCUAGAAGCACUUUCUAUUGUCCAAUUUGGGCUAGGUCACGGACACCGCAUCAUCCAGGGCAUUCUUCAGAUCCAACCCGUUGAAUUCCGAGGCAAGAAAGGUACAGUGGUUACUCACUCCAAUGCAGCCACUUUGAGCAUCCUCGAUUCAGGGGAGAGGAAGAAAGAGGAGACGAGCAAACAAGAAUAUUCUUGUAAAAUUAGGCGGCUAUCCCGAUGCCCACUUUUCUUUAGCAUUCAGCGACACCCCCAUUUCCAGAAGCUGUUUAAUUUCUCCGUUCCAGUGCUACUGGGGGGGCACUCCUUCACCCAGGAGCUCUGGGACAGCCUGAGCCAACACAAAGCCCCCUAUGGCUGGCAGGGGCUCCCCCAUCAAGACAUUGCCUCCACCCUGAACCUUCUGAACGACUCAGACAGUGGGGAGCUGUUAGGGACCUCCAGAGAACCACAUUCAGACUGCAUUCGGUGUGCUGUGGUGGGUAACGGAGGGAUUCUGAAUGGUUCCCGCCAGGGUCUGAACAUCGAUGCCCAUGAUUAUGUGUUCAGACUCAAUGGUGCUGUGAUCAAAGGCUUUGAGGAUGACGUGGGCACCAAGACUUCAUUCUAUGGUUUCACUGUGAACACAAUGAAGAACUCCCUCAUCUCCUACAGAAAUCUGGGCUUCACCUCCGUGCCACAAAAAAAGGAUCUGCGCUAUAUCUUCAUUCCCUCAGGCCUCCGCGACUAUCUGAUGCUGAGGUCGGCCAUUCUGGGGGUGCGUGUCCCCAAGGGCUUUGAUAAAGGGGACAGGCCCCAGACCUACUUUGGACCAGAAGUUUCUGCCAGUAAAUUCAAGCUGCUUCACCCAGACUUCAUCCGCUACCUGACUGAGAGGUUUUUGAAAUCAAAGUUGAUUAAGACAAAGUUUCGAGAUCUAUAUAUGCCUAGUACUGGCGCCCUUAUGCUACUGACAGCUUUGCAUACCUGUGACCAGGUCAGCGCCUAUGGGUUUAUCACCAGGAACUACCGGAAAUUUUCUGAGCACUAUUUCGACCAAGUCAAGAAGCCACUGAUGUUCUACGUGAAUCACGACAUGCCUCUGGAAGCCAUCCUAUGGCGGGAGCUGGACAAGGCUGGCAUCAUCCAGCUAUACCAGCGCUGA